GACGAUGAGGAAGAGCCUCCACCUCCGUCAGACAACGAAGAAGAUAUGUGUGAUAGUGAUGAUGAGACCGGUCCACAAAUAGAUUACAAUAGUGAUGAUUCAUAUGGGUUCUAGAAAAUGUUUAAUAAUCAUGGGCAAGUCCAGCGGCGCUAGUUUCCUCAGUAAAUUUAAAGGACUUACUCGGAGUGGACGAGCCCACAAGGUUCCCUCCCGACUACGCGAGGAUGACACCUCACAGGGAGGUGGAGGGGUCGGGGGAGGAGACCCUAGAGGAGGAGGCGGUGGGGGGAGAGCCCCUAGAGGAGGAGGCGGUGGGGGGAGAGCCCCUAGAGGAGGAGGAGGUGGGGGGAGAGGCAACCGGGGCAAAAAACUCCGGGCCGUGUCUGAAAUAGGAGGGUCUUCUUCGAUGCCCUCCUAUACAGAGGCACCUUCUGAGUCUGAGGAGGAGGAGUAUGUUCCUGAUGGCGAGGAGGAGGCCGAGGAGGAGGGUGAGGAGGAGGAGGAGGCCGAGGAGGAGGGCGAGGAGGAGGCCGAGGAGGGUGGAGGGGAGGUUGAUCCCGCGUUGUGGGGUGACUUGCCACCGGGUUCUUCGCAGGGGUGGCUGCGUGGUAAUGCCGGACUACCUACACCACCUUCUAUCAAGGAGCACAAGUGUCUCAUUGAACCUAUGGGGACAGAAAACUGGAUCCUUCACGGAAAGGGCCGUAAACCGAACGGCCUUAUCACUGUCCUGUUGAAGGAGUUUUGGCCUGGCCUAUUCUGCCCGCGGCCAGACAGGGACCCGCAGCAGCGGGUUUUGGCCACGAGCUGGGCCCACUACGAGGCUUGCAGCAACGCGGAGUACGGGACGACCGCUAAGGCCGUGAUCACCAAAUUUUGGCAACUCUAUAGAGUUCUUGACAAGCACAAGGCCAGAGCCGACGUGGUCUUGCUUGCGGCUGCGAAGAAGAAAGCUCGUCAGUUGCAGUACGAGGUGCGCUGGGUUGCCGUCUCGCAGUACUAA